UACUUCCCUCCCCCGGUUUCAGAAAUGGGGUGGAACUGACUACCUGGGCGCCAAGGUUUCCCCACCCUCCCCAGAACACUCUGACUGUUGAGCAGAGGAAAGGGGCAAAGAAAGAAGAGGAGGAUAAAAGACGAAACGAGCAGAGAGGAGAGGAAAGAAGACCUGAUGAAAGGAGAAAAGAGAAGUGAAGGAAGAGGAGGAGAGAUCCUUUUCCUGACUCUCCUCUUCCAGGAAUGAAGUGGUUACUAGCUAUCCUAGUCAUCAGCAUCCUGAAGGCAUACAAGGCAGAGGAGAAUUCCAAGUUUCUUCAGAACCUGAGGUUCCACUCGAGCAACUUUGAAAGCAUCUUGAAAUGGGACAGUAUCCAGGGAAGCCCCCCAGACACAGUCUACAAUGUGCAAUAUAAAAGGUACGGUGACUUAGAAUGGAAAACCAAGGACGAGUGUCAGAACACGAUCUUAACAUCAUGCAAUCUGACCUAUGAGAUGAGAGACAUUGAGGAGCAGUACUUUGCCAAGGUGACGGCCUUCAGCCAAGGCCAUGGAGACAUCGUGGAGUGGAGGCAGACAGCAAGGUUCAAUGCCUGCCGAGACACGCUCAUUAAGCUACCACUGGUGACCUGCAUCCCCAGUGUCCAGUCCAUAAAGCUCAUUGUGCAUCCUUCACCUACUGCUCUCUGGACCAGCGAUGGCCACCAGCAAACUAUGGAAGAGAUAUUCCCAGAACUCUUCUAUCGCCUUCAGCUGCGCAUCAACCAAACGUACCAAAUGCACUUUGAAGGGAAGAAAAAAGAGCAUGAAUUCUUUGGCCUGGCUCCAGACACAGAGUAUGAGGGGGUCACCAUGAUUGUUAUCCCCACCCCUUUCAAGGAGAGUGCCCCCUACACAUGCCGAGUGAGGACACUCAUAGAUCGGACAUGGAUGUAUUCCUUCUCAGGGGUGUCCCUGUUCACAAUGGGCUUCCUCAUGGCUGUGCUUUGUUACCUGAGCUACCGAUAUAUCAAGAAGCCUCCUAAGCAACCCAAGUCACUGGAUAUCCAGAGAGUGCUGACCUUUCAGCCACUGAGAUUCAUCCAAGAACAUAUCUUGAUCCCAGUCAUUGACUUCAGCAGUUCUGGGGGCCUGGUUCCCCCAACCCAAUACUCCCAGGUGAAGAUGCCUGGGGCCAGGGAGAACCUAGGAGUUCCACUACCACCUGGCCUGCCUGAGAUCACCUACCUUGGACAGAGCGAGAUACCGAUCCCUGUUCUCCUGGCUCACCAAGCACUUUCCCUACCUUCCUAUGCCCCCCAGUCAGUCCCAGAGGUGGGACCCCCUUGUUAUGCUCCCCAAGUUACUCCUGACAUAGAGCUCCCAAACUAUACCCCUCAGGCCCUUCCUUAUCCAUGGCCCCCAUCUUAUGGAGCCUGCAUGGAAGACUCAGGAGGAGAAAUGUCUCCACAGCAAGAUUUGGACCUCAGAUGCUUCAGUGAGACCACAGGCCAACCUCAGCCCAAGCAGACCUCAGAUGGACCUUUGUUGCUAAAUUCCCAGUCCAAGGAAUUCCAGAAGAUUUCCAGAGGAAAAGAGUUCUUCCGUCAGUCCCUAGAACUCCAGAGAGAACAGCCACCCGGCCCAGCUUUGCCCCUGGUUCACCCAAAUGGCUCACUGGAGUCAGUAGCUUCAGGAUACUUAAGCAAUCAAAUCUCUUUACUUUCCUCAGUCCAGGUGGAAGACGAACACUUUUCCUUCCCUUCUCCCAUGCCUUCCCUUCAAUUUCAGCCCAAGGAGCAGAUUCAGGGAGCCUGGGGCCUGCUAGAUUCUGUAGUGUGUCUCAAGGAUGAACUUCCUCCUCUAGGACCUGAGGAGGACUGCCUAGCACAUUCUACAGAGCUUGAUUUGCUCUUCAGAGAUUUGGAUCUCACAGUACAGUGGGAACCUUGAAGGAAAGUAUGGGGACCAGCCCCCUCCUCAUGUUUUGGCAGUCACUGCCCUACGCCCCUAUUGAGUUCAGACAGAGCUUCAUGCUGAUCAGCCUUUUUAGAGAUCCUAGGAAUCACGGCCCUCACCUUCAAGAAAUCCAUGUUUAUAUUAGGGUAAACAGUUUCUGUCCUCAAGGAGCCUGAAGUCAGAAAAAGGAAAUACUAUUUCUGCCCUCCUAGAAUCGUAGUCCUGGGAGGGAAGAUAGUCCUGCUUUCGAGACUAUCCCCAUCUGCCUUUGGGAAUCUGCCCUUGGUCUGAAACAGAGGAAUAUAGUCAUUACCCUCAUGGGAUCUUCAGUCUGAAAGGGGAGACAGCCCCUGCCUAUGGGGAUCCCUCAUCUGAAAGGUGAGACAUUUCCUGCCUGCAGGGAGCCUCCAGUCUGAGGAAGGAUGCAGGUCCUCCCAGAAGCCCCUGUCUAAGGAGAUAGACACAGUGCCCACUUUCAGGGAACCUCCCAGGGAUCUCCCUUUUUAAGAGGGCAAUAUACUAGUGCCUUCAAAAAACCUCCAGAAGAAAGAGAUGAAGCUCUUAUUGUCAGGGAGCUCUCUAUUAGAGAGAAGAGACAGAAUUUGCUCUCAGGAGGGUCCCCAGCCUGAAAGAAGGAGAUACGUCCUCCCAUGGGCCCUAGUUUGAGGAGACAGAGACAGUCCUGACUUGGGGAACUUCAUCCCCUUUACAGAAGACCCUGCGGAGAAAGGUGUUUAGGGAAGAAGUUAAUAAGAUCCUAUUUUCUAAAGAAGAUGGACUCCACUUCUUAAGCCACUAAGCCCCAGCUUUUCCAUUUCAAUGACCUUAGCAGCCCCAUCUCUAGGACAAUUUCGAUUCUGCUAAUCAUGGCCCCUCUCUCAUUGACAAUCACUUCCUUGCUCCUGGCUGCUGCAAAUAUACAUACCCAUUCUGCUGCAUUCAUUGCCCCUACAGCCUUUUCUAAUAAUCACUUCUCAGUCACUUGCAAUUUAGCUUCUUGCCUACAAUCCAUCUUUUCACUUGUGCCCACUCUCUAAAAUUACCAAAUUUCUCUUAUUUGCCAAUUCCAGUCCUCAACUUUCUAAAUGUCUUUGCAAAAACUAGCAACUAUUCCCAAUACUAGACACAUUCUCCUCUCCUCCCCAGGCAAAAAUUAUCUUGUAUUUACUUUCUUUAUAUUUUGUCCAAAUUUAUAUGUGUACAUGUGUUCUCCCCACUCGCAGGCUCCAUGUAAGCUUUCUGAGAGCAAGGACUGUUGCAUUCUCUAUUCCCAGUGCCUAGCACUGUGUCGGGCACAUAGUAGGCACUUAAAUGCUUAUUGGUUUGGUGAUUCCAUCAUGGGUCCAAUUUUCAUCUUUAUGCAAAUGGACUCUCAUUUUCUAUUCUGAAAUCCAGGCCAGUAAUCCCAGCUGCCUUCUAGACAUCUCUACCUAAGUAUCCAUUCCAGAGAUGUCUCACAACAGACAUGUUCAAAACAGAAAUUGCAUUUCCCAACAUCAUUAACAACCCUCCAAACUUCCCAAAUUUUGUCCAGGGUUCCAUUCUUUAGGGGUAGCUAGGUGGCCCAGUGAAUAGAGUACCAGGCCUGGAUACAGGAAGAUCUGAAUUCAAAUCCAACUUCAGACACUAGCUAUGUGACCCUACCCAAGUAAGUCACUUUAUAACCCUUUUUUGCCUCGGUUUCCUUAUCUGAAAAAUGAGCUGGAGAAGGAAAUGGCCAACCAGUCUAGUAUGUCUGCCAAGAAAACCUCAAAUGAGGUCAAGAAGAAUUGGACAUAGUUGAAAAUAACUAAACAACUACAAUAAUUUUUCCAAUCAUUUUAAUUCACAAUCCUGGAGUAUCAUUGUUCUUUCUUUCCCUCCUCCUUCCUACCGCUACUGAAUAGGGCAAGUCACCUAUAAAAUAAAAAUAAUAGACUAGAUGACAAGUAGAAGGGGUUCCUUCCAGUCUUAAAUCUGAUGAUUUCUUCUACUUGUUAAUGACAUCUUCUUAAAAUUAAUUUAUAUCACUUCCUAUAUAUUUUAUACUUACUUAUUUAAGUUUACGUUGUUUUUGUACCCUACCCCCAGUAGAAUAUAAACUUCUUGAGGGCAGGUUUGUUUUUUUAAUCUUAGUAUCUCUAGCAUCUAGAACAAUACCAGACUUUUUUGUAGGUUCCUAAUAAAUUCUUGCAAAAAAAAAUUAAGGUUCUUUUGUUGGCAUGCUUUUAUCCUCAUUGAGGAAAGCUAGAGUAUGAUCUGAGUCAGAAACACUUAUCUUUCUGAAUUCAAAUCCAGUAUCAGGCUUUAAAGCUGUGUGA